AUGAGAUCAGGCGCGAUCGAUCGAUCAGAUCAAUCAGCGAGAUCGAUCAGGCGCGAAGAUGAGAUCAGGCGAUCAAAUCAAGGUCAAAGGCAGAUCGGCGCGAUCGGCGUCAGAUCCUCGAAAUCGAGAUCAGGCGCGUCGAUCGAUCAGAUCAAGCAUCGAUCUCAGGAUCAAGAAAGGCGCUCGAUCGAUCAAAGGCGCGCAUCGGAUCAGCGCAUAGCUCAGGAGAUCGGCAAAGAUCAUCGAUCAAAGGCGCGUCGAUCAAGGCAAGAUCGCUCAGAAAUCGAUCAAGAGCGUCAGAUCAGAUCGAUCAGGAUGAAUCAAACGCGUCGAUCGAAAUCAGAUGAGGGAGCGUCAGACCAUCGUCAGAUCAAAGGCGCGUCGAUCAGAUCAAAGCACGUCCUCAGGCGUCAAAGGAUCAUCAGAUCAGAUCAGGGCAAAUCGAUCAUCAGAUCAAAUCGAUCAGGCGAUCGAUCAAUCAGAAUCAGGCGCGAUCAGCUCGAUCGAUCAGAUCAAAUCAUCAGGAUCAGAUCGGCGCAUCAUCGAGAUAGAUCAGGCGCGUCAGAUCGAUCAGGCGAUCGAUCGAUCAGGCGAUCAAAGAUCAGGCGCAGAUCGAAUAGGAAGAAAUGA